CUCUACACGCCUCCUCGCUCCUUCUUCUUGUGACUCCUCCGGCGGCUCCUUCCUCCUCCUCCGACUCUUCUUCGCCAUCAUGGGCUUCGGUGACCUCAAAUCAGCCUCCGGGCUCAAAGUGCUGAAUGACUUCCUGUCGGAGCGCAGCUACAUCGACGGGUUUGUCCCCUCUCAGGCUGAUGUGGCAGUCUUCGAGGCGAUUUCUGCAGCACCCUCAGCAGACCUGUGCCACGCCCUCCGCUGGUACAACCACAUCAAGUCAUACCAGAGCCAAAAGAGCAGCCUCCCAGGUAUAAAGAAGGCACUGGGUCAGUACGGCCCCGCCUCGGUGGCUGACACCACCGCCGCCUCUGCCCCCGCCAAAAAAGACGAUGACGACGACGAUGACAUCGACCUGUUCGGAUCUGAUGACGAGGAGGACGAGGAGGCAGAGAAGCUAAAGGAACAGCGGCUGGCUGAGUACGCUGCCAAGAAGUCAAAGAAACCCACCCUCAUCGCCAAAUCCUCCAUCCUAUUGGACGUCAAACCUUGGGAUGACGAGACAGACAUGGCAAAGCUGGAGGAGUGUGUGCGAAGUAUUCAGAUGGACGGCCUCGUCUGGGGACAGUCCAAACUUGUCCCCGUCGGUUAUGGCAUCAAGAAGCUGCAGAUCGGAUGCGUAGUUGAAGAUGACAAGGUGGGCACAGAUAUCCUGGAGGAGCAGAUCACAGCCUUUGAGGACUUUGUUCAGUCAAUGGACGUCGCCGCUUUCAACAAGAUCUGAAAACAAACACACAUUAAUAAAAAGCACUUCAACACAAA